UGUGUAGAGAGAGGGAUCCCUGAUAAGAUAGUCUACCACGCCAGCCCUCCGUACCAAGGCUUAAACACUACUACUUCUACUACUACUACUACUACUACUACUACUUCUACUACUACUACUACUACUACGAUGGGAAACAAAGUAGCAGCGUUUACAGAGGAGCAGCUUAGUGAGUAUGAGGCGUGCACAUUUCUAACAAGGAAUAACAUUUUGAGGGCAGAGAGGCUGUUCCGGAAGGUGUGUGGAGGUAACCUGCCCCUCCAGCUUGACCCCUCCAUCACCUCCUCCUUCAGAGCUUCCUUCGCGGACCUCAAUACUCUCCCGGAACUCAAAGAGAACCCGUUUCGGCGGAGAGUGUGCGAGGUGUUCGGGGAGUCGCCUGACGGGGGCCUCACCUUCGAGCAGUUCCUGGAGAUGUUUUCAGUCUUUAGCGAGUCCUCUCCCAGGGACGUGAAGGCCACCUAUGCUUUCAGGGUGUAUGACUUCGACGGGGACGGGUUCCUGGGGGAGGCUGACCUAGGGGAGGUUGUGAGGCACCUGACGCAUGACCUCCUUUCCGCUGAGGAGUACGCCACGAUAGUCAGCAAGGUGCUGGAGGAGUCGGACGUGGAUUGUGACGGGAAGCUCUCACAGUCAGAGUUUAUACAUGUUAUUCUAAAAUGCCCAGAAUUUGUGCCCAAUUUUCACAUUCGUAUUUGAGUUGUGUUGUGUUGUGUUAUGUUGUGUUGCGUUUUAUUUUUUAUUUGUUUGUCUAUUUGUUUAUUUUUGGUUAAUUGAGGUCAGCUGAUUAAUAGAUUACUGUUUGCUGAGUUUUUUUUCGUUAGUUUUUUUUUUUUUUUUUUAGUUGUUCUUGUUCAGUUAGAUGUUGCUUGUUUAUCUGUCUUUAUAUAUAUUUUUAGUGAGCGAGUGCGUGAGUGAGUGAGUCAAAUGGUUACCUCGUUACUUAGUUAGUCAGUCAGUUAGAAAAUCGUUGCAUAGUUUGAGAUUUGUGACCUCGUUUGUUUCGAAGAUAGAUCAAGGACUAGUUAGUUAAUUACCUUAGUUCUUUUCGAAGUUAACUAUGUAACUAUUCCGGAGUUAGGUAGUUGGGUAGUUAGUUUGAAGUUAGUUUCUCAUUUCUAAAUUGAUCAGUUAUUUACUUUUUAAGUUAUUAGGUAGCUAGUUAGUUGUUAAUUAGUUAUUUACUUGUUAAUUUGCUACUUAGUUAAAUGAUCAGUUAUGCAUAAUUACUAGCCAUUAUGACUUUGGUUAGUUUUGAAAUAACUUAUUUAACUCAUAAGCAAAAUUAUUAGUUAUCUUAUUUGAAGUUAAUUAGUUUGAAUUGAUAAGUGGAUGAGUAAGCAAGAGGUGUGUGUGUGUGUGUGUGUGUGUGUGUGUGUGUGUGUGUGUGCUGUUCGCUUAAUAUUACAAUACUUACAGCGCCAGGGAUCUCAGUGACUGCCAUAACUUCCUGGGCUGCAUUCCGCGCUGAAAAUUGUCCACGCGUUUCAUUUGUUAUCUUAGAAUCGUAAGUCUCGCGUCGUAAAGUCUAAACUCUCGUGUGUUGCGUCCACUUUACUGUUUUCAUUAUACUCGCUGCCAAACUUAAUAAAAUGUUCAAUAU